UCUGUACGGUUGAGGCACAGUUUUGAGGAUGUAGUUGAAAAAUUCUUCAAUUCUGAUAUUUCACUGAAAGAUAUCACUGAAAUUCUAAUGAAAGACACCACCAAGGACGAUGAAAAUGAGCUUCCUGGCAUUUAUCCUCCCGUAUUAGAGUACCAAUUGAGUGCCAUUUUCGUUGAAACAAAUACAGCAAUGGGACGAUAUGGAACGAGAAGCACUUCCGCACUUGUCUUGAAAACAAAUAGAGAAGUAUCAUUUUAUGAAACGUAUCUGGAAAAUGAUGAGUGGAAGGAACAAACAACGAGCUUUCAUAUUGAAGAAGUCGAAUCAUAG